AUGCAAACGUCAAGUGAAUCAGAAUUAUCUAAACUGCUAACACCAAAGUUAACGCUCGAUCAAUUAGAAGAUCGACUUGCCGGAGACAUCGAUAAUCUAGAUACAACUGAUCUUUCAGAUGAUUCGCUACCAAAACAAGUGAUAGCGAAUUCGUUAAUAGAAACUGAAAAGUCUAUUCUACCCUUAAGAUUAGUUUUCAAUAAACUUAUACAGACGAUGGCAACGCUGGAUACUAUGCCAGAAAAAUCACAACAGGAAAUGUUUUUGUCAAUAAGGAAUCAAUUAUUGGAUUUAUAUACAAAAAUUCAAGAAAUAUCGACCGAUUUCCAACAUCUCCAACCCUUGUUUGGUACCAUUGAAGAAUAUUCUGAGAAGAACAAUACAAAAAAAUUCCAUAUGCUAGAAACCUUAAAACCAAUAGUUGAGCCUGCCCCUGCUACUGCAAAGGCCACAAAAGGCGAUGCAUCACAUUCAAAGAAAAAAUCCGUUGCCGGAACUCCUGGAAGUGUGGGGAAUACACCUGUCGGUACGACACCUGGUAGUAGUACUGGUACUGUUGCUGCAAACGUUCCAGCAAAUAUAAAUGCCAAUACCACUAACACAUCUACUACCAGUGCAGCAAGUACGACACAAACAACAAGCAGUACGGCAAAGAAACCAAGAAAACCAAGGCAGAAUAAGAAGGCUGCAGCCAAAGCACAACAACAACAACAACAGCAGCUGCUACAACAGCAACAGCAACAGCAAAUCCCAAAACAACAGGGAAUCGCAACCAAUCCGAUGAUGAAUAUGAAUGCAAUGAACGCUACUCCCAUGAUGAAUAGUGUAUCUCCUUCGAAUGUGAUGGGAACACCUUUAAAUAAUGGUAUUUCUCCCAUGGGAGCGGUUAUGGCAGGAGGUUUCUAUUCACAACCUCCAGGAAGUCAAUCACAGCAGUUUGACCAACAAAUGAAUAAUGGAGAUCAUAAUACCAAUAAUAACAACUUCCAGAACAUGAAUAAUAUAACACCUGCAAAUAUUUUGAGCAUGAACACUGUAGGAGAUCCUCAAUCUAGAAUGGCAUCUUCCUCUCAGCAAUACCCUACUAAUAACAACAAUAACAAUACGUUGGAUUUGAAUAAUUUGGACCUAAGUAGUUUGAAUAUGGAUUUCUUGUGA